AUGGCGACCAAAGCCCGAGUUGUCGGUUUCGUUGUCGAUAUGUUCUGCCUGACAAUGACGGAGGUCGCCGACGAAUUUUCGAUCCCAACCUACUUAUACUUUUCAUCCGGCGCCAGUUUCCUCUCCUUCACGAUGUUCAUGCAACGGUUGACCGACGAACACGGCGCCGAUAUAACCGAAUUCAAAGAUUCCGACGAAAAGCUCCCCGUCCCCGGAUUCGUCAACCCCGUCCCGGCGACGGUCACGCCUUCCAUCCUGCUCGACAAAUGCGGCUCCGUCAUCGUCACGUCGUCGGCACGACUGAUUUGGAAAACUAGAUGGGUCUUCAUCAACACUUUUCAAGAGCUUGAGCCUGACAUAAUCCAAUCUCUGUCCGCCGACGAUCAGUUGCCGCCGGUCUACGCCGUGGGGCCUCUCCUCAACUUCCAAACCCCGCCGGAAUCUGAAUUUUCCGACGUGAUUGAAUUUAUUGAUCAGCAACCUCCAAAAUCAGUAGUGUUCCUCUGCUUCGGCAGCCAGGGGAGUUUCUCAGACCCACAGAUCAAACAGCAGGCCGCGGCGCUGGAGUCGAGCGGCCGGAGAUUCCUGUGGUGUCUCCGGCGCGGGAAUCAGAGCGAUUUCACUACUCCGGCGGAAUCAGUUCUGCCGGCGGGAUUCUUGGAGAGGACUAGAGGGGUCGGGAAAGUGAUCGGGUGGGGCCAAGAUGACUCUAGCCUCAUAGCAAUAGCCAAUACAAAUAUUGUUUUGAUGUCAAGCAUAAUUCCAAAAGCAGAAGAUUUGAAGUAA